UUCCUCGUUAUUAGUGCAUUUUGCCUUUUCCCUCUCUUAUUAUUUUACACUCUCAACGUGCUCUCUAUCUCACUGCUAGUUAUUUUCCUCUCCAGCUUCAAAUUAUCAGAUUCAGAGACCCCUAUCGAACAAGGAUAAAGACAACGACGUCUGUGUGGGCUUCACUCCAUCCAACCCAGGACUGUAAAAGCGUGUCUCUAGAGAGAGAAAGAGACAGAGAGAGAGGGGUUGGAACUUGGUACCAAUGGUGGCUGGGAAGGUGAGAAUGGCAAUGGGGCUGCAAAAGUCGCCGGCGCGUUCGAAGCAGGAAACGCCGCCUCCGAAACCACCGUUGCCGUCGCCGAGCUCGGCCAAGGUACCCCAGAAGGCGGUGUUCUCGCGUUCAUUCGGGGUCUACUUCCCACGCUCCUCCGCGCAGGUCCAGCCCAAACCGCCCGACGUCACGGAGCUGCUUCGUCUGGUGGAAGAGCUCCGCGAGAGAGAGUCGCUGUUGAAGACCGAUCUCCUUGGGUACAAGCUCCUGAAGGAGUCCGUCGCCAUUGUCCCGGUCCUCGAGAACGAGAUCUACGCUAAGGACGCGGAGCUCGAGCGAGCUGCAAAGCAAAUCGACGGCUUGGAGGUGGAGAACCAGAGUUUGAGAACGGAAUUGGAGGAGAUGAAGGCGAAGAUCGAGGAAGAGAAGAGAGAGAGUGAGAGGAAAGUGAAGGCCAUGGAAGAUGAGAUUUUGGAGCUGAAGAAUGCCGCGUCUAAUCGCAGCAGAGCGGAGCUGAGUCUGGAAAGUGACGAGCUCUCUUCGUCUCAAAGGUUUCAGGGUCUAAUGGAGAUUUCCGUGAAAUCAAAUCUCAUCAAGAGCUUGAAGAAAGGGACGAGAUGUACGGACGGUUCUGGUUCGAUUUUUGAGAACCUGAAGCUCGAAGGAACGGACUCAAAGAAGGAGGAAUCGGAAAAUGAGAGACCGAGGCACUCCAGGUGUAACUCAGAGGAACUCACGGAGUCAGCUCUCUCCGGACUCAGAUCUCGCCCUCCUAGGGUUCCAAAACCACCUCCAAGACCAUCAUCCAACGGUCCCUGUGCUUCCUCCGAGAACAAAGCUCCGAGAGACAAAGCCAUUCCUCCUCCGCCGCCGCCGCCGAAGAAAACAGCGCCUCCUCCGCCUCCAUUGCCGCCCAAGGGCAUGAAGGCGGUGCCGGCGAAGGUCAGGAGGGUGCCGGAGGUGGUGGAGUUCUAUCACUCCUUAAUGCGCAGGGACUCGCGGCGAGACUCCGGCGCAGCAUCCGACGUGGCACCGUCCACCACCAACGCCCGUGACAUGAUCGGCGAGAUCGAGAACCGCUCCACUCACUUGCUCGCAAUAAAAUCAGACGUAGAAACACAGGGAGAAUUCAUAAGAUUUCUGAUCAAAGAGGUUGAGAAUGCUGCAUUUACAGACAUCGAAGACGUUGUGCCUUUUGUUAAAUGGCUCGACGACGAGCUCUCUUACUUGGUGGAUGAAAGAGCGGUGCUGAAGCACUUCGACUGGCCUGAGAAGAAGGCGGACGCACUGCGCGAGGCUGCAUUCGGGUAUUCUGAUCUCAAGAAGCUGGAAUCCGAGGCUUCGUCCUUUCGCGACGAUGGCCGCCAGCCGUGCGUCGCGGCCCUCAAGAAAAUGCAGGCUCUGUUCGAAAAGUUAGAGCAUGGUGUGUACAAUCUCUCGCGUAUGAGAGAAUCUGCAACGAAGAGAUAUAAAGUUUUUCAUAUUCCUACGGAUUGGAUGCUUGAUGCUGGAUAUGUAAGCCAGAUCAAGCUGGCAUCUGUAAAACUGGCCACGAAGUACAUGAAGAGAGUGUCGGCGGAGCUUGAAACAGUCGGCGGCGGGGGGCCAGAAGAAGAAGAGUUGAUUGUCCAAUGUGUUAGAUUUGCAUUUCGAGUACAUCAGUUUGCUGGUGGAUUUGAUGUGGAAACAAUGAGGGCUUUCCAAGAGCUGAGAGAUAAAGCGAGAUCAUGCCAUGUACAAUUCCAAAACCAGCAACAACAGAAAUUUAUAUGCAAGUCUACAUGCUAAAUUAAUCUGUAGCGAACUCAGCUUCAGAACUGCUACCAGAUUUUGCUGUAAAGACACACUUGUUUGUGAAUAUAAUUAAUGGCUGGCAGCCGCCAUCUUCACUUCCA